CGCCGUUGUGACAGUUUGAGGUUACUUUUGGGUUUUCUGGUAAAACAGAGCCAUGUCGGAAACUGCUCCGGUUGCUCCUGCUGCCCCCGCACCUGCGGAGAAAACACCUGUGAAGAAAAAGGUGAAGAAAGCAGGCACAGCAGCUGGGAAGCGCAAGGCAUCUGGGCCUCCGGUGUCCGAGCUCAUCACCAAGGCUGUGGCGGCUUCCAAAGAGCGCAGCGGCGUCUCACUGGCCGCGCUCAAGAAGGCACUGGCGGCUGCGGGCUACGAUGUGGAAAAAAACAACAGCCGCAUCAAGCUUGGUCUGAAGAGCCUGGUGAGCAAGGGCACUCUGGUGCAGACCAAGGGCACUGGUGCUUCUGGCUCCUUCAAACUAAACAAGAAGGCAGCCUCCGGGGAAGCUAAGCCCAAGGCGAAGAAAGCAGGCGCAGCCAAGCCCAAGAAGCCCGCGGGAGCAGCCAAGAAACCCAAGAAGGCGACUGCCGCCGCCACCCCGAAAAAGAGCGCCAAGAAGACCCCGAAGAAGGCAAAAAAGCCGGCAGCAGCUGCUGGGGCCAAGAAAGUGGCCAAGAGUGCAAAAAAACCGAAGGCAGCCAAGCCGAAGAAGGCUACAAAGAGUCCGGCUAAGACUAAGGCUCCUAAACCUAAGGCAGCCAAACCUAAAUCUGCUAAGCCCAAAGUUACCAAGGCUAAGAAGGCGGCUCCUAAGAAGAAGUGAAAAACUGGCGGUAUGUUCUGCUUUGGAAAUCUCAAAGGCUCUUUUCAGAGCCACCCACUUAAUCUCACUCAAAAGAGCUGAACCGGUUAUUUCUUUAAAUACCCGCCAUGAUGUAUGAUUGGCCACCCGGGUUCACUACGCAGGGCGCGCGCACGCAGCAGCUCAGAUACAAGAUCGGUUACAAUCUUCACAAGGGUUUCACUUUGAAAAGAUUUCAUUUCUAGCGCUAAGGAGGUGGUGUAACUACUCCAUCCUUAAGGUAACUUGGUCUUGGGCAAUACGCCACCAGGGUAGUGCUCUUGCGGCCCAGGAACUUGUUGGUCUUCUGGUCGUUACUGGUUGCCAGCUGCAGGUGGCGCCGGGUGCGCGUCUACUAGCGGGCGGAGUGACCCGCCAGUUCGACGAUCGUGGCCUAAUCCCGGCCUGGUACUGUAGCACCGCCGCCUCGUACGCGGACGCGCCGGUCUCUACUCCCUGAGUAGUUGCUUUUGCGGAGGAGGCCCUGUAUUCUGCCUACCGGGACCUGCAGGUCUGCGCAGGAAGAGUGGGUCUUGUUCUUGGCGCGAGCGUGGCCUCCUCGGCCCCGGUGCCCAGACACGUUAGAAAAAAUGCAAUUCUACAAAUAGACCAAUUGUAGGAAGGGGUUACUACGUUAUCUGGCUCAGUUUCGUAAAACUUGCUUUCCUGUUGGUUUGCAGAGGCUGUUAAAGUGGCCAAUCAGAACGUAGUUUUCGAUUUAUUUGCAUAGUCUUCCGAGAGAAAAUAAUGCGCCAAUCAGAGGUUCAGAUAUUAAAAUUUGUAUAUACUGGGAAACAGUCGAAAGGCCUAGAUCCACGCCCCCCCGCCCCCCCCCCGAAAAUCAAUGGAAUUCUCUUUUUACAGACCCACGCACAUUGUUGUCAUUCUGCUUAAAUCUGCAUAAUCAUCGCUACCACCCUGAUGCUAAGGAACAGAAUAAAAUGCAAAAGGCUUUUUUGAGAGUUUAUAAUCUCCGUUUUCCAGAUUGCCUCCUCACAGGUUACUGAGAGGACCAGGGAGGCAGGAUUAGUUGUUUAAUAUGUUUGGUGAGUAGAUGAGGAACUAGGAGGGAGAAACAAAGCUUUUGGAAAGGUUGAAUGGAGCUUGAAAUUGGGGUCAUCAGGGCAAAGAAAAUAAGCUGUAGGAAGAUAGGUCGACCUGGAUAGCUCACCAUUUCCAUUUCAUCCUGGAGGCUGAGACUUUUUCUUUUUGAUUUUGGGAAAACCCACUUAAUUUUACUGAUACCUCCUGAGAAAAUAUGACUUAUACAGACGUUUAUGGGACUCUGGAUGAGGAAAAAAAUACAUCUUUAUAGUCACAAACCCUAAAUACAAUUUAAUACUUCCUUUAAUUGUUAGUACAGGCAAUUAAUCACUUGACUCGCAGUACCUGUGACUUUUUCAUCAAUGGAAGACAUUUUCAUAUCACUUUGCAGUUACUGCAGGGAUCUUGAAAUAAAGUUUACACUUAUUGUCUUUCAAAGUGACAUUGAUUAUUAAACCUGCUGCUGGAUCUUAUUAUUUGAUGUGUUUGUAAAAGCGCAUACAUAUUAUAUGUACUUUAAAAAAUUGGUAACUGUAUUUUAAUGUCACUAUUAUCCUGUAUACUUUUAUGUAUUUUUGUAAAAAAUCCGUUUGAGAAGGUGUGUACAGAUUUCCACAGACUCUCCAGAGUGUACAGCACAAAACAAGUCAUGAACUCCUGAGCAGGUCUCCAGCAGGACCAUAUAACAUAAAUCCCUCAUGAUUAAAAUGCCUCUGUAUCUUAUUUGUUUACAUUUGCUCUUCGGUUAAUAGUGUAUUAAAUUGUACAUCCUAUUUAAACUUCUGGAA